AUGCAGGAAGUUAUGGGAGAGCAGUUCCCUGACGACGAGGAAGAAUUCCAGAACGCUCUCCGCAACGGAGAGGUUAUUUGCAGACUUGCCAACAUUAUUCGUCCUGGAAGUGUUCGUAAGGUAAGUUUACGCUUCUUUUUUGAAUCUCAGAUCAAUCACGGUGCUGUAUUUUUGGAGCGCGAGAACGUUAGCGCUUUCAUUUCCUUUGCCCGAAGCAUCGGCUGCCCCGAGAUGGAUUUGUUCUGUGUGAACGAUCUGUACGAGCUGAAGAACUUCAAGAAGGUGUGCAUGUGUAUCCUCAGUGUGGGAAGAUACUCUGCAUCGGUGGAAGAGUUUGAGGGUCCCUAUUUCAUUGGUGGUAAGAUGACCUACAACCGCCAGGGCGAGGUGGAGCGUGUGGUUCUGGACACCACAAGCGAAAAUCCUAUCUGUCCCACCUGCCACAAGCCAGUCAUGUUCACUGAGCGCUUCACCGCUCUGGGCGAAGUGUACCACAAGCUUUGCUUCAAGUGCCUGAACUGCGGCAACAUCAUCGGCGGCGGCGACUACUGCGACCACAAUAACAAGCCGCUGUGCCCGAAGUGCUACGAGCAGCUGUACGGCACCCGUCCGAACAAGGCGGAGUACAGCGCGAAGGGCUCGUACCGCGUGGAGGAGAACGAGCGCCACACGCCGGUGCUGAGCAAGAACGCGGAGGCGAUGCGCGAUCUGUUCAAACCCACGGUGGUGAAGUGCGCCACCUGCGGAAAGACGGUGUACCCCGCCGAGAUGGUCACCUUCCACGGACAGUCCUACCAUAAACUGUGCUUCGUGUGCGUGCAGUGCGGACACUCCAUCGCGCAGGGAGAGCAGUUCGAGAGAGAUGACAAGCCCUAUUGCAAGGCCUGCUAUAAGAAGCUGCCCGCGUUCAAGCUGGAGGCGCCUGCGAAUUAGUAGAUGGAUGAUGUGAUAGUUUUUGUUUCAU